AUGUGUUGGAGGAUGAGGAGGAUGCAGGACGUAUGGUUUCACCCCGGCCGCGUGGUCUUGUUGUCGCCCGUUCCGCUGGGCAGCGUGCAGCUGAAGGGGAAACUCACGAGAAGCGCGUACUCGCCGCUCGCAUCGGUGCUCGGCUUUCCCCUUCGGCGGCAGAGCGCGCAGUCAAUGUGCGGAAGGCAGCCAGGC